CGCGUCGACCGGCGAUGCGCGCGCUUCUUGUUUCUGGGUCGCGUUCGAAAUUCGAAAAACUUUUUUAAACGUUCGUUUUCUCUGUUGAGAGAAAUUGUGAUGUGCCAGUACUUUAGUGUUGUGUUCUGAGGAUUGUUAUUCGAAAUAUCAUAGGACCGCCGGGAGCGGUCGCCUAGCUGUCGAGGGCUGGUGGUGUGGUCGCGCGAUGCCGCACGCGCACGGGCGUGCUAAUAAUGGCGCGCUCGCACUCCACUACGCGGCAGCGCGCGGAUGUUUAGACUGCGUGCGUCUGCUAGCUAACACCACACCCGAUGUCUCUGCCAACACAGCGAUGGACAAUGACGUCACACCAGUAUACUUAGCCGCACAAGAGGGUCACUUAGCCGUACUAAAGUACUUAGUACUGGAAGCGGGGGGUCGGCUGGACGCGCGCGCCAGAGAUGGGAUGCUGCCUAUUCACGCUGCCGCGCAGACUGGGUGCUUAGACUGCGUUAAAUGGAUGAUCGUGGAGCGAGGCGUAGACCCCAACGCGCGCGACGGAGACGGUGCUACGCCCCUCCACUUCGCCGCAUCACGAGGACAUCUCACUACAGUCCGCUGGCUUCUGAGACACGGGGCUAGACUACACCUGGACAGACAUGGGAAGAGCCCUAUUAAUGAUGCGGCAGAAAACCAUCAUUUAGAUUGUCUCAACGCACUGGUAGCGGCCGGCGCGGCGGGCGCUGACAGCAAGCAGUUGGCUACAUACAAAGCGGUCCACUCCUGCGCGUGUACCCCAGGAGACGCCAGAUGCGCUCUACCCAACUGCAUCAACUCCAACGGAACCCGCUCGCCCUUCUACCUGCACGCGCCAGAACGCGAGCGCAGGGGUUCCGUAGCCGAGCGCAGGGGUUCCUUACCCUCCACGCCGAUUGGGUCCAUAAGUUCAAGCCGAUCCGGCCCAGCGGAUGGGCUGUAUGUCAAUCCGAUGCAGAGGGCAUCCACCACGGUCACACAUCAUAGCUCGUCGGGAGAGGAUAGCUCAGCGUGUUCCGCCUCGGACGCCGACGCCAGCAACGCCAGCGGCUGGUAUCUCCACAACGCCACCCCAACCCCCAACGCACCAGCAGCUUUAUACCAACGAGUUAGGGACCUGUUCCACACACGCUCCCCUGGGCCGAGAGUGCCGGCUGAGGGGCAGGAGGCGCCUGUUAUGACUGUAAAAGCCGAGGUCCACGGAUCCGAAGUGACCACGGUUCCCGAGCAGUCAGACAGCGACAGUGGAGCCGAAGCGACCCGUCGCGACCAUCACUAUGAAGACAUCUACAUGCCCAAAGAAGAGCAACACCAAAGGAGAAGGAGCACCUCCCGCGACUCCGGCAGCCACAGCAGGCCCGGCAGCGCGGCGCUCAUCGUCGACUAUACCACCAAAGAAGGCAUCGACAGCAUAAACAAGGCAUACGAAGAGGUAUCCCCUGUGCCCGAGAGCCACGCCAAAUCCACCAUUGCCACCAAACUCGCUGCGCUCACACAUAAGGCACAGAACUUCGCCAGCCGCCUCUCCUCAGCGGCCGGCAGCCGACGCGCCUCUGUAACCGAGGAAACAACCAUCGUCCAAGCCUCCGCUUCCUCCGGCGUGUCUUCCGGCGGCAGCUCCGGCGACGAGGCGCCCCCGCCGCCGCCGCCGCCUCCGCCACCAGUCGUGUUGGAAGAACCGGCGUUAAAACCGUCGGAAUUGCGUAGCAGGCUGUCUCGCCGCGGCUCGGCGUCCGCAGACGAGGAGCGGCCGCGCGGGUUCAAUCUCGUGAACAGGCAAGCCGUGCUUCCGUUCGUGCCGCCGGCCUUCCCCCACAACGCGCCUGACAGGCUGAUUAAACCCUCGGAGUAUUUGAAAACAAUCACGGCACCGUGCAAGCGGGACGACGCGGCGGCGGAAGCGCGCCCGCCGCCGCCGCCCGCGCUCAGCGACAACGCGCCCCCUCCGCCGCCCCCGCAACCCCCUAUGGCCGCCCAACCGCUAGCAGCAAUCAGCAGCGCCGAGCUGUGCGCUGUCCGCUUGCGCGCACCGGCUGCUAAAACGCUCUCCGCUCCGCCGCCCGCCCGCUCAGUCAGCCUACAAUGCUUACCGAGCGCAGCGGAAAACUACAAAAGCGCGAAAAUAGACUUAAUAGAAGAACUGAAAAUGUCUAAGGAUAUCACUGGAAUCAAGAAGAUGAAGGUUGAGCGGGCGAGGAGGGAGAGUCUUCAGGAUAAGGAGACGUUCUCGGAGUUCACGAAGCGGUUUACGGCGGAGAACUUCGUCGAUCAGGGUUGCCCCCAGGUACCGGAACGGGACGCCGCAGGGAACGUGAUUCCGGCAUGGAAGCGGCAGAUGCUGGCACGAAGAGCGGCGGAGAAGGCGAGGAGGGACUUGGAGAGGGAGCUGGCGGGUGAAGCGGAGAGGAGGCGCGCGGCGGCGGUGCCGGCAUGGAAGCGGCAGCUGCUGGCUAGGAGGGAGGAAGCGGAGAAUAGAUUGAGGCAAACCCUCUACACCCCGAAAGUGGAAGAAACUAACGGGACGAACGGCGAAUGGCGCGCGUACCCCAACGGCACGCAGAGGGCCGUGUCCAUAGACAACAUUACGCUAUGCUACGACACCCCCUCGCAGCCCAUGCGGGCGCCGUCGGAGGCCAAGCUCUCUACUGAGCAUUGUAAUGGCCUUACAAAUGGGAAGCACGAAGAGGAAGACGCAGACUCAAAGAUCAUCCCGUGGCGAGCGCAGCUGCGUAAGACCAACAGCAAGCUGAGUCUGCUGGAAUAGCUUAGUUAGGUUAUAAGGUUCCCAUCUAGCUGGAGGACGCCCCGAUCAAGCCACAUAAACUCAUCCCGUGGCGAGCGCAGCUG